AUGACAACGCAACUCCUUGCCACGGAGCUGGCCAAUCUCAUACAGGAGAGCAAGAGGAAGCAUAAUGAUUUGCGACAAGCUGCAGAGAAGUCGUUAGAGGAGUUGAAGAACUUGAGAAAUCCUUCUGAACAAACAGCACCUGAAGAGCUAUCUCAAAAACCCAACUUUGUUAAUCCAUUCAUUAUCGCAUGCGGCACCAAAAAUGCCAAGUUUACCGCCAUCGCUAUUGUCUGCCUUCAACGUCUCAUCGUUGCGCAAGCUCUUCCGCGUUCAAAGCUGAACCAAGUACUGGAGGCCUUGAUGCAAGCUACCUCAGCUGGUCUGGAUGUGCAGCUCAAGAUCUUGCAAGCACUACCUUCACUCGUUCAAAAUUACGCAUCGGAUCUUAAGGGGAACUUGUUGGUGACGACAUUGAACAUUUGCUUUACUCUUCAGAGCAGCAAAAAUGCCAUUGUGAACCAUACAUCAGCAGCGACGCUCCAGCAACUGGUCGUGUCUGUGUUUGACAAAGUUGUCGCUGAAGACAAGAAAGCAGGCGACGCGCCUACAGCAAACGAUGCUGAGUAUUCGGAAAAUCAUCCUGCAGCUACCGAUGCCUACCGGAUCUUUAACGACCUGUGCCUUAUGACGGAAAACCAACGACCUGAGUUCAUCCGCGUUUCGGGACUUCCACAGACUUUUGGACUUGAACUCAUUGAAUCUGUCAUCACAAAUCAUGCCACCGUCUUCAGCAACCACCCCGAGCAAGCUCAGAUUCUGCGAAGCAGAGUUAUGCCACUCAUCAUUGGGGCUUUGAAAGGGAAACCGAACUUUGCGACCACAGUACGCCUUGUGCGCAUUCUGUACACUAUGCUGCGUAGGCACAUCGGCAUAUUGCCAUCAGAAUGUGGUGAGGCGCUAACAGUUCUAACGCAAAUUCUCGAUCAAGAUGAAACCGUCUGGAAGAGAGCACUGUGUAUGGAAGUUUUCCGUGGGAUCUUUGCAGACCAUGCCCUGCUCAGACGAAUCUACGCAAUGUUCGAUGCCAAAGAAGGGGAGAAGGAUGUCCUCAAGCCAUUGAUUGCCACUUUCGUGCGCUUAAGCACAGAAAAGCCUGCUGUAAUUGGACUCGGACAUUCAUCGUCACUCCCUACAACUAGCUCGAACACAAAUGGCUCUUCUGAGCAAGCCAUCGCUGAAGCAAGUGGCAUGACUGGUUUGAUGACAGGACCGGUCGGUGCAGAGACGACAACUACGGGUAUCAGUACCCAGUUUAGCUCGGUUCGUGUUCCUUGCAUUGAUCAACUCGAUAAGACGGAAGCGCCCACUAUACCGGAGUCGUAUCUCUACAGUCUGGUAUUAGCCUGUAUAUCGUCUGUAUCUGAUGGUCUUGCGAAGUUCAUACUACCUCUUACAGUCCCGAAUGAGACGAGAAACCGAAAGAGAACUUCUCGGCAAGAAUUUGGUCGUGAUUCACCGGCACCACCGUCUGAGCAAGAGAGUACUCCACCCAGAGGGAAGAUGGAAAGGUCAGCGUCUUUUAAGAAGAACCCAGUUCCGCUGAACCCGCUUUCUUUAGAGGAUCAUCCUCUCCAUUCUGAAGUCAAGAUCUGUGCUACAAUUGUGGAGGAAUGCUGGCCUGCUAUUCUCGCGACUUGCUCUACCUUCUUAUACGCUGCGCUCGACUCCGAGUAUUACCACGGACUAGUCCGUGCCUUCCAACGAUUUGCCCACGUCGCUGGCUUGUUGCAAUUAUCAACCCCUCGGGAUGCUUUCCUCACAACUCUGGGUAAAGCAGCCGUCCCGCCCAAUGUGCUCACAGCUUGCGUCAAUGCUGGCCAGCCUCGACCACAGACACCAAGCACACCAACCGACGGCAGUCUCUUUAGUAACGCCCGGGGACUUCUGAGCGUUGACAGCCUGACACCCACUACCCCUACGGCUGACAAAGGACGACAGGCUUCAUUUGACGCCUCUGUUGCUUCUUUAAAUACUCGAAACUUGCUAUGUCUUCGGGCACUUCUGAACUUGGGCAUAGCGCUGGGUCCAACUUUGGCAGGAGCUUGGAGUAUCAUUCUGGAGACACUUCAACAGGCUGACUUUGUCCUUUUCGUAAGCGGAAAGUCUCCUGGCAGGACACCAACUAUGAACCGAGGACCGGAUGCAGGUGGUGACAGUGAAGCUGCAACGUUGAUGGCCAACUUUGGCUCUGAGGUUCGUGCGGUUGAAACAGCGGCAUCGAGACUUAUUGAAAGCACUGUUGACUUCCCCAACGAGUCAUUUCUGAAAGUCGUGGCGGCUGUCUGUAGUUUGCUGACACAGAAGCCAGCUGAGCAGCCUGAGACCACCACUCAGCCUCAGACACCGUCUGAUGGUCAACAGCUUAAGGCUCCCGUGGUACAGGGUCGUAGGUUUUCUGGUCAGCAAAUGAGUUCUGGGUCAACUCAAGAAGAUCAAUUCGCACUUGCUAAGCUUGGAGAACUUGCCACCAUCAACAUUGAGCGACUAUUAGAAUACAGCCCGGAGAAAUCUGGCUGGGAGGUGUUGACUAAUGAGUUGAUCGACACUCUCACCUCUUCCUCCAUGAACUCAUCUGUCAGAACCAGGGCAGCAGACAUUCUUGUGAAACUGGUUCUGGAGGCUGCUAAUGUCACAUCUUCCCUGCCAGAGGAGGCUCGUGGGGAGAUUCAGCUCCGGUUCUUUGAGGCCCUUCGCAGGUCACUGGCGCCUCUCCUUAAAGGUGACCGAGAAGUUUCUCUUGCGAGCCAUUCAACAGACAUCGAUAUUCAUAAAAUUAUCCUUGAUGGUCUUCAAAGUAUUAUCGAGGGCAACGGAGAAACACUGGUCAAGGGAUGGGACAUAGCCUUUGAGAUCAUUGGUACCAUCUUUAUUACGAGGGAAUUCGAUCCUGCCUAUCGUCGUGGCUCGGUCGCCAACCCAAUUCUGCUUGACACCCGAUCAGCAAGACUUAUCAGGUCUUCUUUCAACUCUCUUCAGCUCAUUUGCUCGGACUUCCUGGCUUCGCUACCAAACUCAUGCUUCUUGAUCCUGGUAGACAAUCUCUACAAGUUCUGUUCGCAAGAUGACGACCUCAAUAUCGCAUUGACUACGGUGACGUUUUUCUGGGUGUUGUCGGACUUUCUCUCUGCGAAGAACGAGUCCCUAGCCAUCACUGCAGACAUGAUGCAAAACACUGAGCUUUCCGAUCUGGAGAAAAUGGCAGCUGACCAUGGUCACAAGAACUCUGAUGCAGCAUUGUGGAUGUUGCUUCUGCUACGACUGACCAAUGUCACCACUGAUGACAGACUUGAGCUUCGCAACAGUGCAAUUCAGACUUUGCUCAGGAUCUUUGAUGCCUACGGUGACCGACUCAGUCCAGAGUCUUGGUCGAUAUGUGUCAAAUCAGUUGUCUUCAAGCUAUUGUCAUCGAUCGAGCAAGAGAUCAAAGUUCUACAGACAGAUGAGGAAGAAGAUACCGAUGACAGUGACCGGGCUGAAUGGACUGAGACGGCUGUUGUGGUUCUCAACGGUAUUUCCAGCCUUCUCGCUAACUACCUUGAUAUUCUUACCGGACACCCCUCAUUCGAUCACCUAUGGCAGGAGUUACUUUCUCAUCUCACCACUCUCCUUGACUUUCAAGUCCUUGAUAUUAAUACCGCGACAUUUAAAGCUCUUGCUCAUGUUUUGUCUCAGACUAAUAAUGAGGGCAAGUCUGUCUUCAGCAAGACAGCGAUCGACAUUGCAUGGGAUCUCUGGGCAAGAGGAGUCCCGAUAUCCAAACCUGUCGAUGAAAAGGCCGAAGACAACCAAAAUUGUCUCAUUGCAUAUGUAUCUGCCUUGACGGAGAUAUAUCGACUUGUGCAGGAAGACCUGGAGGUGAAACGAGUUGGCAGAAUCUUAAGUCUCCUUCGUGAGACCUUGGACGAAGCUUCGGCUGGGAAUUACGUCCAGGACAUCGAAUAUGUGACGCCUUUACAAGCACAUAUUCUCGAAGCUGUCCAAAUGAUCCGAACAGACAUUGAAGGAGUCCCAUCGGCUAUGAUCACCCAAGUUGCGGAUUUCGUGGUCUUACCAUUUGUUCAGACCAGCCCCUCAAAGCCAGGACCUAAACGCACUUACAUUGCGCUUUCGAAGGCGAGCAUGAAGACCCUUGAGAACCUUAUUCUCGAGCACUCGAAGGACUCGGAUAUCUACCGCAGCAACUCCUUCUCAGAGGCUCUAAAGGCUUUGUGCAAGCCCAUUGAACUAAAAUACGGCUUUCCUACCAUUACUAAAUCCACUCAGCCAUGGAGGCUAGCUACAUCUACAGCACUUACGAUCCUAGAAGCGACCCUGUCGCAAAUCACCAGCCUCGAACUGCCAAACGGAGUUGUCCAGAACAUCUGGACGACAAUCGCCGCCAUCGCUGAUGGUAUCAUGAGCGCAGAUUGUAGUAUUGCUCCUCCAGGAACCGACUUCGCAGGCGACGAAGAGUUCGACAUCACAUCUUUCCAUAAGCUGCGAGAACUCAUUAUUCCCGCACUUGGAGCCGCAGCUGUUUCUGAGAAGGCUCGCAAGGCUUACGCUGAAAGCCUUUUCAAGACUUCAAUAAUUCAUGCUCCAUCGCCAGACGAGGAGUCGAUCAUCAACGGCACACACGAGAAAGGCCUGUCGGCACUCUAUGCUCCUCGUGCAGGACGAACAAUAUCGGUAUUGCCGACCAGGCGCGUGAAGAUGGCUUAUGUCGCUUGCGAAGUGCUAUUUGCUCUGGUUGCUGCGAAAGAUGAGCCAACAAUUGUUAUCCAACCUCCAACGCCCAAAUCACCGAACCCAAAGCAGGGCCGCUUUGCUGAGUCACCCGUUACUCUUCACGCUCGUAUUGCCAGCACAGUUGCGCCAUUCCUCAUCCUUAGAUGCGCAUUGACACUGAGGGCUUACAUCGCUGAUCAACCUCUCCGAGGCAAGAUGCCCCAACCCCUGAGCCAACGAAAGGAAUUAUUGUGGAUUCUUCAAAAGCUGGUUGAGUUGAAGAGUGAUAAGAGCGCCAUUCCGGAAUUGAAUAAUAUUGAGAGCGACGAGAGGAAGCAUUUGUUAAGGCUAUAUCCUCUUAUUGUUCGAGCAUCUGGUGUUGUUGGGGACGAGAAAGUUGGUAGUCUUUUGAGAGAGGCAUUGGAGGUUAAAAAUUCAAUCUCGACAUCAAGACCAAGAUACGUCGACACCAUGGGAAAGUCCUCAAAAGAUAAGCGCGACGCCUACUACCGACUUGCAAAGGAGCAAGGAUGGCGCGCUCGAAGUGCCUUUAAGCUUCUACAAUUGGACGAGGAAUUCGACCUAUUCGCCGAUGUCACUCGAGUCGUCGACCUCUGCGCCGCACCCGGAAGUUGGUCGCAAGUACUAUCCCGCGUACUGAUCAAGGGCGAAAAGUUUGGAAGGGCUGCUUGGCAGGAUAAGGAAGCCAAGUUUCGACAGCAGAUGCUGGGAAUUCUACCCAAGGACAGCGACAGCGAGCAAACAACGGAAACCGAGCAGAUUCAGGAGCAACAGAAGGAGACUACAAAGCCCAGAGAAGAUGUUAAGAUUGUGUCAAUCGAUUUACAGCCUAUUUCACCACUCGCGGGUAUUACAACACUCCGAGCCGAUAUUACACAUCCUGCGACGGUCCCUCUGCUACUCUCAGCUCUUGACCCCUCUUAUGAUCCCAAGACUGCUGGCACACAGGCCUCGCACCCGGUUGAUCUCGUUCUGAGCGAUGGAGCUCCUGACGUGACAGGUCUUCAUGACCUCGACAUCUACGUUCAAUCUCAACUACUCUUUGCCGCCCUGAACCUCGCACUCUGUGUCCUCAAGCCCGGAGGCAAGUUCGUCGCCAAGAUCUUCCGCGGAAGAAACGUCGACGUUCUCUACGCCCAACUCAAGAUCUUCUUUGAAAAGGUCAUCGUCGCCAAGCCCCGCAGCAGUCGCGCAAGCAGUGUGGAAGCUUUCAUUGUAUGCAUCAACUUCCAACCCCCCGCUGGUUUCCGAGCCAGUCUCGAAGAGCCCCUCGGCGUUGGUGGACGAUUGGAGGAGAUGCUCAAGGAAAAGGGUGACGUUGACAUGCAGGACUCGACGACUAAGGAUGAGGGUGUCGUGGAAAUGGAGGUUUACGAUGAGACGACCGAGGACACGGAGAGAAGCACUCGAUGGGUUGCACCGUUCAUUGCCUGUGGAGAUCUAUCCGCCUUUGACUCCGAUGCAUCAUACCAGCUCCCUGAGGACUACGUCUCUCUAGAUCCCGUCCAGCCACCCAUUGCUCCCCCGUAUAAACGCGCCAUUGAGAUGCGAGCCGCCAUGUCCGGAUCACAGCGCUCAACAGAUUUUCCAAAUUCUCACACAAAAUGA